CGCUGCGCGUGCGCGGCGGGGCGCGGGCGGUGCGCAGGCGCGGCCUCGCCAUGGCGGAGGAGGCGGCGGUGCGGGCUCAGGCGGAGACCGUGCGGAGGCUCAAACAGGACAAGGCCGAUGCUGACGAGAUUGCAAAGGAAGUGGCAAAGCUGCUCGAGAUGAAGGCACAGCUGGGGACAGAUGAGGGGAAACAAAAGUUUGUGCUGAAGACCCCGAAGGGCACGCGGGAUUUCGGCCCCAAGGAAAUGGCCAUCCGUGAGAGGGCCUUCAAAGCCAUCAUCUCGUGCUUCAAGCGCCACGGGGCCGAAGUCAUCGACACGCCGGUGUUCGAGCUGAAGGAGACACUGACAGGGAAAUACGGUGAAGACUCGAAGCUCAUCUAUGAUCUGAAGGAUCAGGGAGGAGAGCUGCUUUCCCUACGCUAUGACCUGACAGUGCCCUUUGCUCGCUAUCUGGCCAUGAACAAGAUCACCAACAUCAAGCGCUACCACAUUGCCAAGGUGUACAGGAGGGACAACCCGGCCAUGACCAGGGGCCGCUACCGCGAGUUCUACCAGUGUGACUUUGACAUUGCCGGGCAGUUUGACCCGAUGAUUCCUGAUGCCGAGUGCCUGAAGAUCGUGCACGAGAUCCUGAGUGACCUGCAGCUCGGGGACUUUGUCAUCAAGGUUAACGACCGGCGCAUCCUUGAUGGGAUGUUUGCAGUUUGUGGGGUCCCAGACAGCAAAUUCCGAACCAUCUGCUCCAGCGUUGACAAACUGGAUAAGGUGCCCUGGGAAGAAGUGAGGAGUGAGAUGGUGGCAGAGAAGGGGCUCUCUCCUGAGGCUGCGGAUUGCAUCGGGGAGUAUGUCCAGCUCCACGACGACGGGCUGGUGGGGAUGUUUGAUCCCAAGGGCCGGAAGGUGCCCUGUGUGGGGGUCAGCAUUGGCAUCGAGCGCAUCUUCUCCAUCCUGGAGCAGAGACUGGAGGCCUCUGAGGAAAAGAUCAGGACAACGGAGACACAGGUGCUGGUGGCCUCUGCCCAGAAGAAGCUCCUUGAAGAGCGACUGAAGCUCAUAUCUGAACUGUGGGAUGCUGGAAUCAAGGCAGAGAUGCUGUACAAGAAGAACCCCAAGCUGCUGAAUCAGCUGCAGUACUGUGAGGAGACAGGCAUCCCUCUUGUUGCCAUUGUGGGUGAGCAGGAGCUCAAGGAUGGAGUUGUCAAGCUGCGGAUCGUGGCAACCAGGGAGGAGGUCAAUGUUCGCAGGGAGAGCCUGGUGGAGGAGAUCAGGAUACGAACGAGUCAGUGUUAACCCCUUCGGAUGCAUCUGCUCCUUUGCGGGAUUCCAGCUGACAGAUCUCCUUCCAUAAAUGCCUUCACCAGACUAUGCAGCAGUGGGUGGGGUGUCAGGGUGACUGAAAGCUGUAUUUAUGCUUGUCUUAAGUACUUCCUUCCCCGGUGGGAGCCAAGAGGCUGCACUGACUCCUGUGCCAUGCCCUGGCUCUUGAGAAUGGUGCGGGAAAGAUGUUGUGGAAGUGGCUCUGGCAGAUGCUGGCCACAUGUCUGCCACAGCGACCCAUGGAGGAGCAAAUCCCCGGGGGUUUUGGCUGCAGCUUCUUGUUCCAGUCACUUUGAAUAACCAUCCUGGCCCAUCUCUCUGCCCUGGCUGCAGGGGCUGACCUUAUCCCCAGCAAAAUGUAAUGGCACUGCUCCCAGAAACAUAAUAAAUCUGUCUGUCCCCUGCUGUGA